AUGGCGAACGACUGGCCUCAGGCAUCUCGAGUGCCUAGUUUUGCUCAAAUGUUAAAAAAGAACUUGCCUGCCCAGUCAUCUCAGCCAUCUGGCCAGCCGUCAGCAAAUUUGCUUCCACAGGUAGAGAAUGCCCAACAUCUGUUUUUACCUGCAGAAGCACCCGACGUUUCGAGCCUAGCACCUAAGGGGACGUAUCUCACAGGUCAAGUUUCUGACUCCAAGGCAGCACCCAUUACUUCACUUCCUCCAAAGAAAAUUCCAAAGGAAUUUAUCAUCAAAUAUAAACGAGGAGAGAUAAACCCAGUAUCCGCUUUACAUCAGUUUGCACAGAUGCAACGUGUACAGCUUGAACUAAAGGAAACUGUAGCAACAGGUAAUCUUUUAGGAGCAUACUUUGCUUUUUGCGCUGUGGUUGAUGGUAUUCAAUAUAAGACUGGAUUGGGACAAAACAAGAAAGAAUCAAAAUCAAAUGCAGCAAAACUUGCUCUUGAUGAACUGCUACAUUUGGAGGAGGCAGAAGCAAAAGCUCUAGAAAAACCUGGUACUCCCAGGAUUCUCUUAGAAACAGCAGUUGUAGCAGAACCUCAGAUUUCAACUGACUCAAGCUACAUUUCAAAGAUUCCUUAUGAAGGGCGGCAUCUUGCAUAUGGAAAAAUUUCUCAAGUUGUUAAGGAAACAUUCAGCGGUUUGAUAGCUAAAUGUCCUGAGUACCAAAGCUGUAGCAGUACAUUGGCUGCUUUCAUAAUUGAAAGAGCUAGACAUCAUGAGGUAGUAGCUAUUGGAACAGGUGAAUUCAACUAUAGUCAGUGUGGUCAUCUUGAUGGGAGAGUAUUGCAUGAUAGCCAUGCUAUCGUUACAGCAAGACGUUCUCUUCUUAGGUAUUUUUAUAGGCAGCUGUUACUCUACUACAGUAAAAAUCCUACCAUGAUGGAUAAAUCUAUAUUUUGUACUGAACCAACAUCAGACUUGCUUAUGCUAAAACCAAAUGUAAAUAUAUUCCUCUAUAUGAAUCAGUUGCCAAAAGGAUCUGCUCAGAUAAAGUCCAAGCUACGUCUCAAUCCAAAUUCUAUAUCUGCAUUUGAAGCUGAUGAAGAACUCUGUCUUCAUGUCGUUGUUGAAGGCAAGACGUACCUCACAAUCUGUUGCCCUACUGAAAUUGCUAGAGUAACCAGCAUGUCUGCCAGUGAUAAACUGACGAGAUGGGAAGUUCUGGGUGUUCAGGGAGCCUUGCUGAGUCACUUCAUUCAGCCAGUUUAUGUUAGUGGCAUCAUUCUUGGGGAUGGGAACUGCCAGGAUACACGAGGAUUAGAAAUUGCUAUCAAACAACGUGUUGAUGAUGCAUUCACUUCAAAACUGCCCAUGUUCUACCUGGUGAACAGACCUCACAUCAGCUUAGUAACCACUGCUUACCCUGUACAGAUAGAUUUGGAACACAGAUAUCUUAGUGUGAAUUGGUCCCAAGGAGACUUGGCUUUGGAGGUGGUAGAUGGGCUAAGUGGAAAGACUACUGAAAGUUCACCCUUUAAAAGUGGCAUUUCAAUGGCAAGUCGACUUUGCAAAGCUGCAAUGUUAAGUCGUUUUAACUUGGUGGUUAAAGAAUCAAAGAGAGAUGACUUACUUAAAGCAGGAACAUACCAUGAAGCAAAGAUUAUGGCUGAGACUUACCAAGAAGCAAAACAUUUGCUGAAAACUUACUUGGAGCAGCAUGGUUAUGGGUCUUGGAUUGUAAAGUCUCCACGUAUUGAACAUUUCAGUAUGUAA